CCGGAAGCAUAAAAAUGGUCGAAUUUGGCACCACUGAUCGAACAUGUUCUUUUUCUGGCAAACGCCAUUACUGUGUGGAGCAAAGGCGGAUUUUCUAAGCUUAAAAAAUGGCUGAAGUUGAAGAGAAUGUUGUUGAGAGCUUCGAGGAGCAACCUCCAAUUGAAACCGAGGACGCCGAGACACUAUUAGAGACAAACGUUGUUGCCACAACCGAAUUGCCUGAAAUUAAGCUUUUCGGUCGCUGGUCAUGCGACGAUGUCACCGUAAAUGAUAUCUCUCUACAGGAUUACAUUUCCGUCAAAGAGAAGUUUGCACGCUAUUUGCCCCACUCUGCUGGUCGCUAUGCUGCCAAACGUUUCCGCAAGGCUCAGUGCCCUAUUGUAGAGCGUCUGACCAAUUCACUUAUGAUGAAGGGUCGCAACAACGGUAAAAAACUGAUGGCUUGUCGUAUUGUGAAACACUCCUUCGAAAUCAUACACCUGUUGACGGGCGAGAACCCACUUCAGAUUCUUGUUAGCGCCAUCAUCAACUCUGGACCCCGCGAAGAUUCGACCCGUAUUGGACGUGCUGGUACUGUGCGUCGCCAAGCCGUCGAUGUUUCACCUUUGCGUCGUGUAAACCAAGCGAUUUGGUUGUUGUGCACUGGUGCACGUGAAGCUGCAUUCAGAAACAUCAAGACCAUUGCCGAAUGCUUGGCUGAUGAAUUAAUUAAUGCUGCUAAGGGAUCCUCUAACUCCUAUGCCAUCAAGAAGAAGGAUGAGUUGGAACGUGUCGCCAAGUCCAACCGAUAAGCUCUUCAAUUCCACGCUCAUUUUUGUGUACAUUUUAUAAACUUAUUGAAUUACAAAGAUGAUAUAUUGAAUAAAAAGAAAAUAUUCAAAGAAA